AUGAUAAAGGAGAGCUCUCGUGAAGCUUUUCCUACAAACCAUCCACCUUUACAUUCACAUGUGCUACAAUUAAGAAAGAUGGUUAUACUCAGAAAAGGAGUGCUCGCCCUCGUGGCAGCAUUGGCUCUCCCAGUAUCGUGCCAAGAUCAGAAGACGUUGUCCGAUUAUACCUGCACUCACCCACCAUACAAAAUCCACAUUGUGUCGAAAUCACCACUGGUCAUCUACAUCCCCGACUUUAUCACAGCUGCUGAAAGAGAACACCUCUUGAAGCUAGGGAGCGACACGUUCACUCACUCCGGCGUCAUCAAUUCAGAAGGCGGGAAGACCACACACCAAGUGCGCACCUCUCAAAGCACCAGUCUCUGGCGGGACGAUGUCGUCCGUUGCAUCGAGGAACGCGCCAUCGCUUUCCAGGGCUACAACGUUCCCAAGAAUCACUUGGAGCCCCUACAGCUCGUGAAGUACGGGGAGGGCCAGCGCUAUCACUUCCACACCGACUGGUUCACGGAUCCGAGGCACACCACAGCCUCCCUGGGCGGGAACCGGGUAUCGUCCUUCUUUGGCUAUGUGUCGGUCGUCAAUGUGACGGGAGGAGGCACCAACUUCCCGAUGCUGGAUGCGCCGCAAGACGAGCGAUGGUGCGAAUUCAUCGACUGUGACGAGCCGUGGGAAAACGGUCUGACGUUCCGGCCCAUUGAGGGAAACUUCGUUUACUGGGAGAAUCUACUGUGGGAUGGAACAGGCGAUCAACGGAAUCUGCAUGCGGGACUGCCGGUGACAAGCGGACAGAAGGUGGGGAUGAACAUUUGGACGAGGCAAGCACCGCUCAGCAGAGCGAUUCGGGGGGAUGACUGA